GGAUGCAGAAGGAGAGGGAAGAGGAAGAGCUGAACAAUCCCAUGAAGGUCCUGGAGAACCGAACCAAGGACUCCAAGCUGGAGAUGGAGGUCUUGGAGAACCUGCAGGAGCUGAAGGAGCUCAACCAGCGCCAGGCCAACGUUGACUUCGAGGCCAUGCUGCGGCAGUACAAGGAGCACGAGGAGGAGCAGAAACGCAGGGAGCAAGAGGAGGAUGAGCAAGAGAUGAAAGCCAUGCUGGAGGAGGUGCAGAACCGGCGCCUGCUGGUCGACUCGGACUCCGACGAAGAAGCUGCGAAACCACCCACAAAGCCCGCGGCCAAAACGAAACCUACGGACAUCCUGCAGGAGCCCUACAAGGACGGGCUCCCCCGUGCCUCGAGCCCACCUCAGCCACGAUUCCAGGACCCCAAAGGUCAGCAGGAGCGAAACGACCGCCGCUGACAGCCUCCGCUUCGCUUCUCUGCUCUCCGUUGCUGGAGAUGGGCAGGACAAAAGGGCUUGGACGGUGCUCGGCUCGCAGGGGAGGGAUUAUCCCCGCAGACAGGCCCCCUGCGCCGCUGCUCUCUGAUGUCGGUGCGUGCCCGCGGGGACCUCUGCCCGCUUGGGCGAAUCAAAGCUGAGCCGGCCGGGGUUAAUCCGAGCCGUGUGCCCCGGCCCAGCGCUAAUCCGCGGGCCCGGGGGAGGCGGAUUCGGCGCCCGGACCACCUGCAGGCACGCAGCGCCCGGCUGGCGGAGGUCGCGCAGCCCCGCGGCACGCAUCUGGCUCCUCGGCAGGGCUGGGGAUGUGCAGGGCUGGUUUAACAGCCACGGGCAGCGGGGCGUUCGUCUCUGAGGGCUGGGCUGCAGCUGUUCAGGUCCGGGUCGGCUGUCCUUGUUUGUCCUGCUUCUGCCAGCUGCUCUGUGGGGAGGAUCACAGAAU